UGCGCCAGUGGCUGCGUGUGUGGGUGGGUGUAUGGAAAAGGGAAUAUAAAUAAGACAAAGGAGAUGACAAGAAGCAUAGUUGGCAGUGAUAAGAGCACAUAAACUGAAACUGAACUAAAACAGUGCAAUAAAGGCAAACUGAAUCGGAAGAAGCAGUUACACCCGCACAAAUCACAUCGUCCGUCAAAUUGGCGCCACACAACUUUGAAUUGCAUUCAGACCGCAUGCAUUUCCACUUACCCAGCGAAUCGGCAACAGCAACGGCAGCAGCAGCAGCUACAGCAUCUACGCCAGCAGCAGUUGUGGGCAGCAGCAGCAACAAUACUUUAUAUACGGGCUCGACAGCAACAGGAACAGGAGACGUCUCAGCUGUGGCACCCGUCAGCAUCGCCGGCCGUCUGGGGCGCAACAUCUGUAGCGGCGGCAGCGGUAGCAAUCGCAGCAUGGUCACAUCGUCGGCAUCGCCAACGGGAACGGGCUGGUCAGCGCCUGCUGAUUAUAAGAGCGCCACCACGGCUGCCGCGGCGGCGGCUGCGGUCAUGUGCGAGGUGAUACCAUCGAGCAGUGCCAGUGUUGGCAGCAGCUCGCCAACAGGUGGGGCCAGCAAUGGUACUGCCAAUAGUGCACACAGUGGUAGCAACAAAAACAACAACAACAACAAUAACAACAACAGUCGCAACAACAAUAACAACAACAGCAACAAUGCGGUGCAUCAGGAUCUGUUGUGGAUGGAAAGAUUUGUGCUCGAAAGACAGCAGGAAUAUCCAGGAGAAUUGGUGCGUACGAGCAAUCCGUACUUCCUGUGCUCCGCUCUGCCCUCUCACUGGCGGUCAAAUAAAACGCUACCGUUGGCCUUUAAAGUCGUCGCCUUGGCGGACGUCGGCGAUGGCACCUAUGUGACGAUCCGCGCGGGGAAUGACGAGAACUGCUGCGCCGAACUGCGAAACUAUACCGCCCAGAUGAAGAACGGCGUGGCCAAGUUUAACGAUCUACGCUUCGUGGGACGCAGUGGUCGGGGAAAAAGCUUUACGCUGACAAUUACCGUUGCAACGAGCCCGCCACAAGUGGCCACCUAUGCCAAAGCCAUCAAAGUUACCGUCGACGGUCCAAGGGAACCGCGCUCCAAGACGAGCCCACCCGGCGGUCCCCAAUAUCGAGCACUCGGCCUCGGACAGCGACCAUUCAUUGAUAGUUUCCCCAAAACUUUUCACGAGCUGGAAACGCUGCGUCGCUCCGCGAAGGUUGCGGCAGCCACGACGGCGGCGGCUGCUGCGGUGUCGGCUGCAUCGGCAAGUAACCCGCUGACCGCAAACACAAGUAUUGCCCAGCAAUUGGGUAGCAAUUACUCAUCGUCAAAUAGUACAAUAAAUUCGGAUUGCCAGGGCUACAAGCCUAAUGCGCCACAAAUUCAAGAAACCGAUCUGAUAGGUGCCGCUGAAUGGACAGGCUCGGCCAGCUCCGGUGCUAACGUCGCCUACCCAGUGGGCGUUGGUGUGGGUGUUCCCUAUCAUCAUGCGCACCACAGCCACACCCACUCGCACUCACACAGCCACUCGGCGCAUCACCACCACGCGCACCACUUACAACACCAAGUGGCGUUGCCGCCACCACCACCGCCGCCUGCCGCAGCGCCGGUGCCGGUGCCGGUAGCCACCGCAUCGGCCAUGAAUCACUACAGCAGCGCUAUGGGAGGUUAUGAUACAACCACGCUGGACGCGGGCAAUUAUCAUAUAUCCUCGGUGCUUCCAGAUAUGCACGGAUUUUCAGCCGAUCCGUAUCAGACGGCCGCUGCAAGCGGGUAUUGCGGUACCAGCUCCAAGUCAGAUCUGGAAUCAAUUAACGCCAGCUAUGGCGCGACGCCAGCCGCCUACAAUAAUCCAGCGGCCUGGUCCAAUGGGUAUAAUAACUACCAGUACGGCAGCUGUUCGGCGACGGCAGCACAAUACGGCGGAGCUGGUGCACAUGCAACGGCGCCCCCGCCGCCGGUGGUUCUGUAUCCACAGCUUUACUCGACUGUUAACCAGAACCAGAUACAUCUGCAUCUUCACAGCAGCGAGAAGCUGGAACAGUACCUGGCCACAGACCAGCAAUUGACUAUCAGCUCGCUGGCCAGUAAUCGUUCUAGCAUAGAGAUCGGAUUGGGCACUGGCGUCUGUGGCGGCGGCAGCAGCGUAAGCGGGGGUGUCGCCCUGGGCGAGCAGGAGCAGCAGGCAGCAGUGUCGAUUGCCGAGCAGGCAGCGGAAGGUGCCUCCCAGAACUAUCACUUGCAUCACCAUCACCAUCACCACGAGACGCAGCGGCAGCUGGAGGCACAACAACAGCAUCAGAGCGACGUUAGCAACGAGGCGGCACGGGAAGAGGAUGUAGGCGAUAUGACGCAAGUCUGGCGACCCUAUUGACCCAACCUUAUUCCAGCGCCUCUCCAAAGAACACGCGCCUUUCUGCACAUAGAACUGAACUAAAAUUAAACGAAAUUUGUGCGUGUAAAUUUUACUCUUUUUCUUGCCUAUUUCAAUUUACACUAU